AUGGCGAGGCGUCUUUUAGGAACAUACUCGUAACUACGCGACUGUACGGAGGGGGCGCUACUAUUAAAGAUACAGAUGUCGCUGAAUUUGCCUGCCGGAUCACCAAUUCGGCCACCAGCUCCACUCCGGCCUCCAAAUCAACCAUUGCGGAGCCACAGAUUUGAAAAAUGGAUCGAAUACAAACAGGCACCGAACGAGGCACGGAUCUACUACAAAAAGAGGAUCGGCAAAAUGGUGAGCGACUUGGAAGACCACAGAGGACGGGUUCGAGCGAUGCAGCGGCUGUUGGGUCCAUCGCCAAAGCCUCUGCAAUACAGUGAAUUGGUGGCUAGAACAAUGAUGGCACAAUUACGACACCAAAAAGGCAUUAUCGAGCACUCAUCGACGAUCCUUCCACUCUUUGCCCUAGACUCAACUCGAAAUAUUGAGAACCUGAAAGAACUACGCGGGCGUUCAGAUCUCAUUGCACAUGUACAAAUGCACUUAAACACGUGGCGGCGAAAAAACCAACAAAUGCCUUGGUUUGAAAACGUACAAAGGAUGCGAACACAAAAGAGGCUUUCGACGCCAUCGACAAACCUAACAACGAGCGAUACAGAGAAAAUGGAGCAAACAUUAGGAACCCUUCGAAAGCUCGCUGAACAUCUUGUCGUCUUCAAAAACUCGUCAACGUUUUACAUGCAUGAAUUGUUUAGAUCUCUCCAAGGGAGAGUGAUAGGCGGCAGACGAGACAUGUUUUCAACUGUAUACACUCCCACAGCAAAAGCUUACGCGGUUCUUGAUGGACUUUAUCUUUUGCACGAUGAACUGGGAUCUGGGGGAUUUGGAAAAGUCAAACUAGCUACACACAUUCUUACGCAGCAAAAAGUCGCCAUCAAGAUCAUCGAUAAGAAAGCUAUUGGGGAUGAUCUACCGCGUAUUCGAGCCGAAUUAGAUGCUCUUAAAACGUUAUCUCAUCAAAAUAUAUGUCGGCUAUAUCAUUCAAUUGAGACAGACGAGAAGUUUUUUCUGAUUAUGGAAUAUUGCUCUGGAGGAGAAAUGUUUGAUUACAUUGUCAGAAAGGAACGAUUGGAAGAAAGCGAAGCACGACACUUUUUUCGACAACUUGUGCAAGGUAUUGCGUACAUUCAUCACCAAGGUUUUGCUCAUCGCGAUUUGAAACCGGAAAACCUUUUACUCACUGAAGAUCUUCAUUUGAAAAUUAUCGAUUUUGGGUUAUGUGCAAAACCAGGAGUGAUGUCAAAGGCUUUGGCAACUUGUUGUGGCUCACCGGCCUAUGCAGCUCCCGAGCUUAUUCAGGGUCUGCCUUACAUGGGAAACGAAGCUGACAUCUGGUCGAUGGGCGUUUUACUAUAUGCACUUCUAUGUGGUCAACUGCCGUUUGAAGAGGAGAACAUGCAGGGACUUUACCGGAAGAUUGCGAAUGGCGUUUACGAAGAACCCGAGUACCUCAGCGACGACAGCCGAAGGUUGUUGCGAGAAAUGCUGCAAGUCAACCCGAAAUUCCGAAUCGACAUCCCCGGCCUGCUGAGUCAUUCUUGGCUCAACAAGAAAUAUUCUCAACCAAUAAAAUGGAAAACAAUUUACGACUGGGCCGUAGUCGAUGAAGAAGUUGCAAGCGAAAUUGCUUCAUACUACAACAAGAAGUUGAACGAGACGAUUCAACUGAUAAAAGAAUGGAAAUUCGACUAUUUGACAGCUACAUACUAUAUCAUGCUGCAAAUGAAACGCCGGAAUAAGAAGAUCAUGUUGCCUCUUCACAAGCACAGUGGUGAGACCUCAAAUAUCAUCACUUCACCGACGAUUCAUGCUUCCCUUGAGAAGCAUUUGGAUAGGUCGGGUCUCGAGGACUCGCUGUCAGCACUUGGAACUCGAGACUUUUCGGAUGCUUCCUCAAAUGAUGAAUUGAACGAACGAGCCAAAUUUGCCAGGCCUUUUAGCCCGAAGCAAUCGUAUGCAAAUGCAAUGCUCAACAUGGAAUCUAUUAUGUCAGAUGACGAGAAGGCAUUAUAUCACACGCCAAGGCAUUCAUCAGCCAAAGCUCGGACACCAAAUGGAUAUGCGAUGAACGAUAAGGAAAAUUACUUUGGUGGCGAUUAUUGCAGUAGUAAGAACAGAAGUAGCAAUAAGACUCAACGAGCUUCUUCGAUGAAAGUGAAAGGUCCUAUUCGAGUUGGUGAAGGUGUUCGAACUGAAGAUUUUGGAGGUACAACGCGACCAAGGCAAGUAUACUCCACUCCACAACAACGACCGGCACUCGAAUCUUUGUACUCCCCAGCCAACAGCGAUACGUUAACGCCAAAGCAAAACCGUAUAAGGGCUCGCUCAUCUGAUCGGACAGGAAGUGGCUCUCCAGCGUCGAUGGGCAGUUCAAAUGCUGAUGGACGCACUCCUCGGUCGGCAACAAAAUCACGAGCAUUGCGAACUCGGGUCUUUGCUUCAUUGGAGAGAAAAGCAGGGCGGGUAGUGAAUUUGUUGACACCGCGAAAGAUGAAGAAUGAAUCGCCACAAGUGCUCAAAACUACAAAGGGACUGGUCAAUGUGUCAAUUACUUCAUCAAAUGAGCCUGAACGUGUCCGUGAUGAGUUGAUCAGCAUUUUCGAGCAACAAAAAAUGAAGUACGAGGUCAAAGGUUGGAAAGUAUCAGCUCGUCAACAAAUAGGACAUGCUCAAAUGACCGUCGAAUUAGAAGUGGUUAUGGUGGAAACUCUUGGCUACGUUGGUAUCAAGCGUAAGCGUCUGAAUGGUGAUGCUUUCCUCUACAAAAAGGUUUGCGAACAAAUCCUUCAAAUGGCCGGCAUC